UAUUCGGGGAAGGAGGGGGGAGUUGACUGACUAAGCAUCAUCCAUUAUGUUAAAUACAACAUCAUGUUACUCGAAAAAAAUUGUAUCAUUAAUUAGCUUACUUCUCUCAAUCCUUCCGAUUAUAAUCUCCAUUUUAGUCGACAACUCUCACAAUGUCCUCUUUCAUGUGUGAGUAUCAGCACCUCGAAAUUCCACUUGAAUACAUAAAACAGGCCACCAACUACUUCGGUGAUGACAACUUCAUUGCCGAAGGUAGAAUUGGGAAAGUGUAUAGGGGAGAAUUCCUCCAAUCUAACGGUUCAACCAUGGCUGCUGUAAAGCGCUUGAAUCCUUCAAAUAAUCAUGGGGACGCUGAUUUUUGGAGAGAUAUCGUGUUGCUUUCCGAAUAUAAACAUGAAAAUAUCAUCUUACUCCUCGGCUUCUGCAAUCAAAGUAAGGAAAGGAUCCUUGUGUAUGAAUAUGCACCAAAGAAAAGCCUUGAAAAUCAUCUACGUGACCCCAAGUUGACAUGGGUUCAACGUCUCAAGAUAUGUCUUGGAGCUGCACGUGGCUUGGAGUACCUUCACAAUUCAAGGGGAGGUCAACAAAGAGUCCUACAUCGUGAUAUCAAAAGUGCUAACAUCUUGUUGGACGAAAAUUGGAAUGCAAAAAUUGCUGAUUUUGGCUUUUCCAAAUAUAGCCCUUCAAACCAAAAACACUCGAUUCUAGUCUCUAAACCCAAAGGCACUCUUGGGUAUAGUGAUCCUGUGUUUCUAGAAACAUCAUUUUACAAGAAAGAAUCAGAUGUCUAUUCUUUCGGCGUAGUGCUAUUUGAAGUAUUGUGCUCAAGGCUCUGUGUUGAUUAUAGUUAUGAUGAUAUGCGAAGAUCCCUACCUGCAUUUGUGAAGAACUCUUCUAAAGAGAAAAUCAGGGAUACAAUUAUCGAUGUUAAUCUACUGCAACAAAUGGAAGAAAAAUCUUUUGAUACCUUUGUAACACUCGCGUAUGAAUGUUUGGAAAGAGAGCAAAAGAACCGCCCUUCUAUGGAGUUGAUCGUGAAAAAGAUUGAAACUGCACUCGAAUAUCAGGAGCAAAGAAAUGUCCCUGUUUUGAAUAUUGUGAACUGGGCAUCGUCUUCAACACCGUAUGUGAUACAAGAGAAGCGAGUUCUACUUCCUCAAAAGGAACAAACUGGGAGAAAUCAAUUAGGGAAGAGUCCUGAUGAUGAUGAUGAGAUGAUCAAAAAGUGGUCAAGCGGAAAAGAAGGGAAUUUGCGUGCAUUGCUUUCAACGCUACAUGAGAUCCUUGAACCUGAAGAUGGUUGGGAACCGGUUCCAUUGACAGAUAUGAUGAGCACUCGUGCUGUAAGGAAACAUUACGAGAAUGCUGAAUAUCUUACUAGUGCUGUAAGGCUUGUACAACGAGGUGCAAGCACAAGGGAAAAGUAUAUAUGUAAGAAGGUUCUUGAAAUCUUAAAUGUAUGCAGUGUGGAAGUGUUGAGAUUCGAAUCUGAAGAGAAAGUUGUUCAACAAAAAAAGCGCUCUGAAGAGAGACAACAGAAUCGUAUUCUAGGAGAAAAAUAUGAUGAUGAUAUCAAAAGGUGGACAAAUGGAAGAGAACGUUUCUUGGGUGAUAUGUUGUCAAACCUACAAGAUAUACUUGGACCUGAAAGUGGCUGGGAACCGGUUUCACUGAAAGGUGAGUGGCAAACUAGAUAUUUAAGUAAAGCUUACAAGAGAUCUCUUCUUCUAACCGAUCCCAGCACACUGAAAAACCGAGGGGCAAGCAUGAAGGAAAAGUAUAUAUAUGGAAAGGUUCGCAAUAUUUUAAAGGAUGGUUGGGAUUCUGCUCUUGCUGAAGACAAAUAGCAGCCUGAUACUACAUGUAACAGGUUCUUGGUCGUUAUUGAAGAUAGUUUUAACAAGCUGAACUUAACCAAUAAAUUCUUGGCUUAAAAGUUUAAAAUAUUAAAUGUGGUAUUCGGCCCAACUACCUAGAAUUGUUUACGGCUCAUAGAAGCUGGUCUAUAUCAUUUUGAGUGUUCUUAAUUUGCUUUGUUAGUUUGCAUGGUUCAAAUGUGCAAUUAGUAGUAUGAAGUCUGAACAAUAAUUAAUUGACGUAAAUGUAGUUUCAUUUAUUAUUAGAUGAAAGAAUUUGUUUGUUAGUAAUGUGA